UCAACCAACAGUAGAAUACCUGAGUCAGAUUGGAUUCUGUGACAAAAUUAUUGGCACCCUGUCAGGAGAGAUUACUGUAGCACAUGUAGAUUUAUGCUUGGGCUGUAUUUAAACUCUGAUAUAUAUAUGUGUGGGUUUAAGUCUUCAUACAGGGGAUUAAGGAUAGCCUAACCGUGACGAUGAAACAAUUCAUUAGCGUACUGUCCCGCAGUUUCUUUGUAAUUAAGAAUAGUUACCUUUCCAGCAGGUAUUGUGAUUAGUUUUCAGGUAUUCCAAGGCAAUUCAGUUCACCGAUCGUGGCGAGAUAUCAUUGGAAUUUUAAAACACCUGACGUUUGGUGUGUUUUUUAUCGGUAUUCCGUCUGCUGUGGUGUAACAUUUACAUGGUGGAUAUUCAUAAAAUCAUUGGAAUUUACACAUUAAGGUGGAUAUAUGCAAGUUCAGUCCGAUUUUCUGUUUUAAACAGAGCAGUAAUCUAUACCAAGGUAUCGUAUGGCUUGCGUUUUUAUACGGUUUUGUGCUUAGCUAAUUUCCUGACUCUAAUUGUACCUGUAUAUUUUCUGUUCAUUUUUCAGAUGAAGGAAAUCUGAUGCCGAAAUUAUUCAGGAUGUAUUGGACGUUUAAUGUAAAUGUCAAUGUUCUUCCGGAAUAAUAUCUGCGUAAUUUACAAAAUGGAAAUUAUUAGUGUUAUUCAGGACCAGUGGCAAUUGUGAUGCAUACAAAUAUAUUAUACAGAGAUUUAUUCGGACGAGUCUUUGCUAUAGAAUGUCAGGUGAUUUUUUGUUCAGUGUAGAAUAUCGUAAGUGUUUAUCCAGCAUGUGAAGUGCUACCUUGUGUUUUGUUUACGCUGGUUACACUGUGAAUAAGUGUAAAGGGAUCAGUGGUACCUGUCGGCUUUCCUCCACAAAAUGGAGUCUCCGAAGGAUACCAAAGAGGCAGGGAAUCACCACGACGAGGAGGAGGAUUUCCUGCCGGAGGAAGGAGGGUAUGAAUACCUUGAUUCUCAUGUGACAGGGGAAUGUUCCAAUGAAAACGAUCAGGAAUAUACCACACAAGGGGAAUUAUUAGCCGGACUUCAAAAAGAUCAGCUUCCACCGUUAUUACAAGAUGAAAAUUUGAAUGAAUACGAUAGAAGAGAUGGCAAUUACUAUGACGACGAGGAUGUUGAUUCUCUGGCUGGUCUAAAUGAAGCGGAUGAGGCUGUGAACUUGGCAGACAUCUUAGCGGCACGCGACACAUCUUUGGUAGAAGAUGAGUUGUGGGCCCUUUGUCGGGAGUGCUGCCUUGUUUUGGAGGUCGUUAAUUGUACUCCGGAAAUGUUCCAAACCCUCUGCAUCACUCCAGACACCGUCGCUUUCGACAACGCUGGCAAUGUCUGCUUCCUCGAUCUUGGUUCAGAUCCAGAACCAUUGUAUCUACCUCCAGAGUUCAGCAAUGUCGCCAAUAAUUACAAGUCCCAUCUGUAUUCCUUGGGGAUGACCCUGCUCUAUGCUGCGGAGUACAAUGUUGAGCCAGGCCGCCCCGAAAUCACGCCAGAGUUACGGGACCUGUUUGGAUGUAUGACAGCAGAGGUCCUGACCGCAAGACCUUCACUUGAGGAUAUCAUCACCCUUUGUGAGGAGGAGCUUAUUGGGAAGUCAUCACAAGAAAUCUGUGUGGACAUCGCACAAACGUUUGCUCUACCCACACCUACACCUCCAGAUUUAGCAACAGUGAGUCUAGCCGAUGUUACAGCAAGCUUAGCGAAUUACCUUCAGACCCAGUCUAACUUAAUUUCUACGCCAGCGGCAGAGGUCUGUGGGAACACUGGGGAUACAGAGGGCAGAGAGGUCAGUACAAAUUCUCCUCCUGGCCCUCUGGAACAUUCCACCCCAUUACAUCUACAAGCCCCACCCCAGGGGCAGACCACCACACCCCCAACAGAGCAAACAGAGGACGAAGACAUGCCUGUUCGGGGGUUACACACAGGGGUUCCCAUGCCAACGGGUAACCGUGGCAACAGACCAACUCCUGCGGCAAGGAAAUCAUCACGAUCCUCCCAAGACAGCUAUAAAGAGGGAUCGCAGCAAAAACCGCCGGUGGCAAAGAAACCAGACUUAAAUAAAGUAGUGAAAUCUAGUGAUAUGACUGAAGGUUGUGAUUCAACUGGAACCAAUCAGAGUGACAACCAGAAGAUGCAGCAUGGUGAAAAUACACCAUUACACAGAGAGGGGUCAAAGUUCAAGGACUCACCACUAUCAGGGGCAGUUAACUCUAGUCUGGAAGCUCGCCACUCCUCAGGUGCAGUAGAUUCACAGGGAAAGAGGCCCCGCAAGAAUAAGGGCCUUUCACUGAGCAACAUUUUAGAGACGUUGGAACGCCCCCUGGUGGAAGAUGAGGUGUGGGCAGUAUGUCGUGAAGGAACCAUUUCACUCAACAAGAAGAGAAAACAUCUACCGGCCUACAUUUCUCCUGACACACUUUUACUGAGGGAGAGCGGGGCUCUGGCAUUUAAAGCCAUUCCCGAGGAUAAACCCCUAGAAGUGAUUUACAUGGCUCCGGAAAUCCAACAGAAGGGCCAGCUCUCCGACAAGAUGUGUUUGUUUGGGCUGGGUGUUACCAUGAGGUAUGCUAUUGGGAACAAAUAUUCUACCGAGUCCUCGGGGGUUGGCGAUGAACUGCAGGACCUUUUGGCUAAAAUGGUGGAAGAAGACCCGGAGAAGCGGCCGUCCAUUGAAGAUGUGUCCGAGGUAUGUGGUGAGCAUGAAGGUGAACUUGGAAUACCGUCAAGCUCCAUCUGUCAGGCACUGUACCAGGAGGCCUUUGAAAGACUUGCAGAUAAGAUGGCCUUUGCCAUGCCAAGUGAUCCUCCAAAAAUCCAAGAUCCUCCGCAGUUGUCCAAUGGAUCUGCUUUCCGGUCAAUCCAAGGGGGAUCACUCAUCCGGCCCGCUGCCAUCAAUUCAUCCACUGCAGCAUUUAAACCAAUAUCCAACCUACCAGAGGGCAAAGGUCAUUCCGGGCUUCCUUCCCAAUUCAUGUCAACUGCCACUCAUUUCAAACCAAUCAUCCUCCAGCAAUCUGUGACCCCAGCUCCAGAGGUUACGGAAGUUGCUAAGCAACAGAUGAGUCCAAAAGAUUGCCAACCAAAUGACAAGGACAAAGAAGUGGUAAAAAAACUGAAAGAGUUAAAGAAAAAUCUAAUGCAACAUCGUCAGCCAGGAAAGGAUAAGGCCGACGGUAAAGUGUCUAGAAAGUCUUCGAAGUCACCAGCUGCUAGUCCGAAGACAAGCAAAGUGACAAGUACGAAACCAAGUGAGGACACAAGCGAUGUGAACAGUAAGACAUCGAGUGAUACUAAGUCAGAGACAAGUGGUCCUUUAGAGUCUCUGCUCACUGAAAUACAGAAACAAGGGGCAGUUCCUAACACACAAGCUCUUGCCUCGGCAAUCGCAAACUUUCUUCAAGGUCAAAUGGCUCAGUCACCCAAUCAAAACACUCCAAAUGUGAGUCAAGGUCAACUUCAGGAUCAACCUCAAGUUGAACCCCAAAGACAAGGUCAGAUUCCUGGACAACAAAAUUCAGUGAUCCAAGGACAGACACAGAUUGCCUCGCCAUUAUCUAACACUGCCAUGCCCUCAAUGAAUGCACAACAGCAAAAUAUAAAUAUUCCCACACAAUAUCAACCCUCUCUGAUUGGCCAGAAUAGCAGUGUGCCCAUUGGACCCCAGCAGUACAGUGGAGGUCUGAUGCCAGGCUACCCACUACAGGUUCAACUACAGCAGGAUCCCCGUACAGGAUUUAUACAGCUCGUCCCCACUGGGAUCCUUCCCCAGGCCAUUGGGCCCCUGAUCGGGGACGACCAUCCCCAUUCUGGCAGCAAUUGUGACAACCACAGUGUCCGCUCAGUUAGAAGUCCCAAGCAACAUAUAUACUCAGACAAUUCCUCUGCCGAUAACAGUGCAAUUCUUAACAGUUCUUUCAACAGUAAUAGAUCCCGUGGGGGUCACACUGCCCGCGACCUUGUUCAAAAGACUACAGGGUUCAGAACACUACACAGUCAAGGGAAGGCCUCCCCUCUGUCUAGUCAACCUCAGGGAGAUUACUUAUGGCGCAGCAAGUCUGCUCAUGCACUCGAUACCCUUGAGGGGGAGCAGGGCAUCGAGGGACAAGCUAGUCAAAGAGGGACAAUGAGUUUGGCCCCUGGCCAUAUAUAUGAUGACUCUGUGCUGACCACCAACAGGCGGGGCCCAAAUAGGAAUGUUAACGGAGACAUGUACUCACAGUCUUCCAAACUAAAUACUGGCCCCCGGCCUCGGACCAUCGUUGGGUACCCAGAAGAUGGUCCAGGUAGACAGUAUUUUACCCAACCCCCCAGGACUCGCUCCCAGUCUUCUUCCCCCUCCCCCUCCAAGGACAGUGGGGUCAGUGGUAUGAACACUGGCUACAAACCCCCUCCACCAGGAAGUCUCAUGGAACGGUUGCUUAGCAAUGUCAAUGUGAAACAGCAACAAAAACUGGGGCAAGUUGUUCAUCUGCUCAGGGAAGAGUUUGCCUUUGAUGGAUACAUGGAAAACGGUGUGGAGGAUAUUGCCAUGGCUGAGUACAUCACCUCCUUGGGUAACCUGAAGUUGGACACGUUUGCCAGUGCCGUUACAGAGAAGUACUCGGAUCUCUACUGGGGCUCCGAUCUUCUGUUUAAUUUAUAUGAUGCAGCCAAUGGUCUUAAAGGGUCCCGGAGACUAAUGAAGAAUAGUGCCAAAUUGUAUGACCAGAGCCCUCUGUCCAAGCGACAGAGUCCUUCAGCUCAGUUACCGAUGCCAGGGUUAGAAGAUCAGGACCCAAACCUUUCAUCUUCAAGUCCCUCGGAUUCGGGGCUUCCUCAGACUCCGCAGAAACUUCCAGCUGACUCCGCGUACCAGCAGAGUGUGUCACGGCAACAGGAUAAGCAAAAACAUAGACAUUUGUCAGUGCAACAGAAAUCUCAGCAUCGCAAUACAUCUGAUUCCUCAGAUACGGAACAGUUUGAUAGACGGCGACGUUACCGCCGAAAACAACAUACGGACAAAUCUAGAAAUAAUCAAGAAUAUACUCUCCGAACUUCCGGUUACGAUACACCAUCAAUGGAGUUACAUCCCUUACGCAGGGAUACUGAUAUUUCUCCACGGCUACAGAUGCACAUGGCGAACGGUGAGAACCCACUCCUACAGAAUGGAACUGUUCAGGUGCCCCAAAUUCGUGACUGGGAUCUUGACAUUGCAAAAGCCAGUCACACUAAUAAUCCAAACUCCUUGAUACAAGAUGAAGAAAAAGUGUCGGAUGUUGUAUCUGAGAAACCUCCACCUUCACAGGGUAGGCAAAACGCAUGGGUUGCCUCCCCUGAUAAAACAGAUGAAUUUGCAUCUACUAGUACAGACCGUCAGCGAAAACCUAUGCCCGAUUCAUCAAUCAUGUCUUCCACACGACAAGUGUUAGCCUCUAAUUCUGCACCGACUGCUGACAUGUCUAAAUUAAAACGACGGGUGACACCUGAAAAACCGCCACGCCACAGUUUGGUCCUUAACAACAGGCCCGAUGGCCAUGUACAGCCAGGUCCCAAGCCUCUGAAGGCAGUCCACAGGGACGGUAGUACCUCCUCGCACAGUAGUGAGGUAGCCGAGGUUCUCCCAGUUACUAAUCUGUCUCGUAACAUGUCCAUGCUCUCCCUCGAUAACAACCCUGGUGACGCACAUCUAAGGAACAGGAAGGGACAUGUUGUGUUUCACAGUGCCAUGAUGGAACUCUUUAGCUCUCCGGAGCUUGACAAAUUCAGACAGGAAAUCGACGAGGAUGACCCCGCCGGACUUCAGUCUCAGCUUAACGCCAUACAGCAACAGCUGAUGAUGGAACGGAAAAUGAAGCGCAAAUCACAGACCUUCUACAGCAAACUCGUUGAAUCACCCAAGGCUGUCAAAAGUGAUCAGAAGAACAGAAUGACACAAGUGUCGAAGGAUUUGGAGGAUAUGACACAGAAGACUCGAUUUUUGGAGCUGUGUAAGACCCACAUAGAGAUGUUACAAGCCGAGUUGAGUGGGAUUCAUGUAAGCUACCUCCAUUCUCUCGCUACCUGUCCUAAGGGCCAGCCCCUUCACCUCAGACCCUGCCAGGAGAACCCUUUCCUCCAGUUCCAGCAUCCGAAGGAGCCUCAAACUGGCUAUGAGAUCCUGUCCCUUCAGUCCGGCACUCCCGAGGGACUCAUGUCCUACCUGUUUGCUAACGCUGCGUUAAGGGACGGCUACAUUCACCAGUUCAUGUACUGUUUCCGCUACCUGGUGCGGCCAGUCAAGCUUCUGAGUUUUCUUGUGGACGCCUACAAAGCAGCGGCUGAGUCAACUGGCCAAAGCAACGAUAAUAACAUGUCUCGAAUACAACAACGGGUGAUGGACCUUAUAUACUACUGGCUGGAGGGAUAUUACUCUGUCGACUUCGAGCGAAACAACGAGGCCACAGAACUUCUACACGCCUUCCUGCAACUCAGCGAUAUUGCAGCUUUGCCGGAGGGAAAAGAACUGAAAGAGUCACUUAGCAACUGUGAGGAAGGUUACAGUAUUGAUCUUGUAUCUGCAAAAGAAGAGGAAGAUAUACAUAUAUACAAGGCCAAUACACCCAGAAAGUGGGGAUCGCUGAAGAACAUUUUGGGGCGUGGUAAGUCAACAUCGCCCAAACUGACAUUAUUCCACGAGAAGAGAACUCCGGUUACUAAACUGACGACAGAUGACGGAUUCCUUCCUGCUAAAUCUCCACGGCGUGUCGAUUCCUUCACACUCCUCGACCACACGCCACAGACCUUAGCCGAACAGCUUACACUCAUAGCACAGAGUAUUUUCCAGUUGACCCAUCCUGUCCACUACCUGAACUCUAAGGCCCAGGGGAUAAGUGUGGCCAUGACCAUGACUGGCUCCAAAACCCCACUCAUGCAAAGAUUGACAGGCCAGGACUCAGACCAGCCCCUUCCUCCUAGCCUCUUUGAGAAUAAAACAUUACGUGAAACGGCCGUCCAGCUAAUGAUAGAACAUGACCAGGAGGUCGGACAUUGGGUGGCAGCGGAGAUCGUCAACUGCAGCAACCCAAAGAAUCAGCUGGCAAUUUUAACAAAAUUCCUCAACACAGCCCAGAUCUGUAAGGAUAUGAGAAACUAUGGGACCUGUCUUGCCAUCUUAGAUGGUCUGGAAAACCUAAUAGUCAAACAGCUUCCUGCCUGGCGCCAUCUGCAGGGCAAAUGUGUCAGCAUCAUAGAGGAACUAUCUUCUGUCAGGCUCUUCCUGAAGAAUGAUGGAAUGGCCAUUACCAGUGUCACCAACAGCCAUCUCCUUCCCACAAUUCCAUCUGUUUUGCUCUUCCUGUUCCACGUCCAGCAACAAGAGUUUGGAAGUUUUCAGCUCGCCAAUGGCAUGUACAAGUGGAGCAAGAUCAGGUCCAUCAGUAAAAUCAUUGACCAGAUCAGGAUUUUCAAGGGCCAUCUAUAUGGCUUCGAACCUGACUUUGACCUUCAGGAUGACCUUCAGCUACGUAUACGGGAGUUCGGAGGUCAAGAUAUCCACCAGAUAGCUGCACAGCAUCAUACAAACUAUCAGAAAAUGCCUUCAGGUGGAAUUAGUGGUGCUUUCCGAAAGAUGAAAGGGAGGCUUCAGUCAAAGUGAGGCUGGUGUCUUUAUAAAUAUUCCCUAGAGAUGACUGGGAGGUUACCAAUUCUUUGAAGAGAUUGUUGGUCAGAAACAAUAUAUUUAAUGCCACAAAGUGGAGUUUUGUAGCCAAACUGAGAAUUAUUUCAAGUCGUCAAGGCUGAUGUUGAAAAGAGAUUGAUUUCAAAGUGAGACUGAUAUCAAAGUGUGACUGAUAUCAAAGUGAGAUUGAUGUCAAAAUGAGACUCAGAUGUCAAAAAUGAGGCUGAUUCCAAAGCAAAAAUUGACCACCUUAUUAUUGAUGAAAAAAUGGGAUUCUGAGGUCACUGAUUCAAAUGAUCAAACGACUGGGCUAACUUCACAACAGAGUUGUGAACUACCUUUUACACUACCUCAAACACAACCUCAAACAUGACCUUGACCUUUAGGUCCCACAGCAAUAGUACACACCAAUUUCAAGAUGAUGAAUAACUGGAGCUAAUGCGAACAGUAUGACAAUUUGUAAUGGCUUAUUUAAGCACAUUUGUGCCCAUUUAAAAGUGCUAAAUUAUGAUAAUUGUUAAAAAUAUAUAAUCAAUGUGUUCCUGUGAGCUACAGAUAGUUGUAGCUCUACUUCAUCAUACAUUUAAGUUUCAGAUUAUCUAAAAUGUGAUAUCAGUCUGUUAAUAUGAAUACAAUUGACUGUAAUAACGUUAUAUUCUAACACAGAAAACACAGAAGGAAAAAGAAUAUAAUGAAAAUUGUGGAGUUUUAUAAUUCAAUUGAUGAUAAUUUUCCAAUCAACACCUAGCUGCUAAUAUUAAUUCUACCACUGAACGACAGGAAAGUUUCUUCGUGCAGUUGUAGUAUAAAAUUAGAAAUUUUAUAAUUUUGUAGUGAACCAUGUAAUGGUUCCUCAAGACUGUUAGUAUCGUUAGCAAAGGUUUGAUGAGGAGUUGUGCAACAUGUGACCAAUUAACAUAGAUACAGUGGCUGUUCUGGACAGAUUUUUCUGAAAGAUAAUUGUUUUACGAACUAUCGAACGCUGCGUCAAUCAAAUUGUUUUGACUGCUCACAGCAACACCAAUGUGCCAAUGGUAGAUUGCUGUGUUUGUGUCUUGUAUUAACCCUUUAACCCCUAUGUCACUUUAGUAGACUCUACCAUGCAUUGAUCUGGAUGAGUCCAUUAUGGUCUACAGUGGUGAAAGGGUUAAGAAGAGAAGUAGGAUGACUGUGUCUUCAUGUCAUCAACAUCUAUACACAGUUUAUCAAAACCAAAUCUUCUGACUAAUAAUACGUUGUAUACAAAAGUAAUAAACAUUAUUCAUAUAAUGCACUAUGUAAAUCAUGAAUUUAUAUUAACCCUUUCACCACUGUAGACCACAAUGGACUCAUCCAUAUCAAUGCAUGGUAGGGUCUAUUAAAGUUACAUAGGGUGAAAUGGUAAACCAGCAAAAACAAACAUUUUACUCACUCAGAAUUGUCUCUCCUCCCACAAGCUUACUAGUACAAUUAUAUACUAUAACCUUUAUUUAUUUAUCAAUUAUUGUGAAAUUGUGGAAUGUAUUUUUUUGUGUUCUACUAUUGUAGGUUGAAAAGGAUCAAAUGAGUGAAAAAAAUUGUCCCGUAUGAUAGAAAACGUGUUAUGCCUGUACUAAAUUUGUGUCCAGCCUAGCUUCCUUUUAUCUGAACAUUGUUGAAAUUUAAAUAGGCCCCCUUGAUAUGGAGAUAUUGGGAAAAUUUGAAUGAUCACCAAACCUUCCCAAAAAAUAAGCCGUGUUGUCACCUUUUUUUAAGUAAGUUGAUUAUUAUGGUAAAGGGACGGGAGUCAUAAGGACCAGAAAAAGGUUCAGCUGAAUACUGUACAUUAUAUACUAAGUAUACUGAAAGGAAUGUUUUUUCUGGAAUACAGUGACUUUCUACAGGGUUUUAUCUGUAAUACAUGUAUAUUCAGUGCUCUUUUAUGUAUUCGAACAGAAAUAGUGUUUAGACUGUAUGAGAUACAGUCGUAUUAAUAUGCAAUAGAUCUUUUUAUGAUAUAGUUUGUUGACAUGUUGAAUAUCUUGCCAAUAUCAAUGAAAUGUGUUUGACUCUCGAAGACAAUCAUUUGUUCAGAAAAUAAUUAACAUAUACACUAAACACCAUGCAUGUAUUGUUUGUAUAGCAAUAUCAUAUACUAUGUAAAACUGUAUAUAUAUAAUCACACUUUGUAUUUUUUGGGGGAGAAUUAUCAUUUUCCUGGUUUAAUUUUAUACAUGUAUCGAUACCCAUUACCUGUGAUAAUUCUGGAGAGAUUACUCAAAAGUCUUUCUCUGUUAACUCAUUCACCCCUGAAGACACGUUUGAACUCUUUCAGUUCAAAGGUAGGAAUAGUUCAUUAUGAAAUUUCAGGGGUGAAUGAGUUAAGGUAUUAUACAUACAUGUACCGUCUUUUUCCAACAAUAAGCCCAGGUGGCUCAAAGUAGAGGAUAGACCUUUUGCAGGACAAUGAAAUGGCAAAGAACAUGUAUAACAUUUCAACUGAACUGUAUUUGACAUGAGUGGGCUUUUCACCAGGCAUGGGCUUAUUGCCGGAUAAACACGAUAGUAUUAAUGCACCUUUUUUCUAUUUUUUUUAUCAUAUCAUCUGGAUAGGAUAAUCACUGUACAAAUAAUAUAUUUUCACUGAUUUGAUAACAGAAUUCUUUUCAAAUGAAUUUGGAUAAAGGAAAAAUGGUUUAGAUAUCAGGGACAUAAAAAUCAACCAUGUGAUCAAAUGCAUACAUUUCAUUGGCUUUUACUGAUAUAAGGUUCAGCCCUGUCAAAACUAAAUCCAGAAUUAAAAGUCUAUACGUGUACAAAACAAAUUGUGAUUUGUUUAUGAAGAAUCUUUUUAUGCAAUAUCACUUGUGCUUUCAUUCUCCUUCAGUUUUUAUUAUUUUUUGCUUGACGUUCAAUAUCAAUCAAAAUGAUACAGUAUUUUUAAAUAUAUAUCUGCUAUUGCUAAUUUUACCCACAAGAUAUUUUGUGUUUGUUUGUUUAAGUUCAUUAAAAUUUAAAAUGUAAUCAUCUGUGACUUUUCAAAGUGCCAGUAAAACUCGGCAAUAUUUUCUGUAUUCAUGAUUUCAAAGUUGCUGCAAGCUUCAACCCCCAAAAUACAGGUAGACAUAUAAUAAUAAAUGUUUCAUAUUGAGCAAAUCAUGACCUUGAAAUGUGUGUAUUAUUUUGCAA